AUGGCGAUACAUUAUUCUUCCCUAAGUUUGGCCAUGGAUGACAUCGAUUUUGAAAAUUAUAAAAUUUUAAUUGUGCGUAUUUCACUCCUGUUGAGCAUAAUAACAAUGUGCGUUUCGCUCUUGUUAGCUAUUGUGGCCAGUUUCAUUUCAAGAGAUGAGGACACCGUGUAUGUAGACUUAAACAUAAAUGGGGGAGAGGGCACUUGGCCCAAGACUUACGUGUACAUACAAAAGGAUGCACCCUCCUCUGCGUUGCAGCUACAGGGGAAGAAAAUCUCCGUCUCCGUCGACGCUUCCAUGCGGGAAAAUGGAGGGGAAGAACGCGAAGAAGGUGCAGUAAGCGAAGCGGGGAAAGGUAACAACUCGAGUGGUCAGACGACGGAAGAUGGGGAAAAAUUGUUAGUCUUUGAUGGAGACCCCCACCCACUGCCAAAAGGAAACUCCAAAGGAGACGAAUUAAAUCCUGCUGAGAAGAAAAAUAAAGUCAUACGGAUA